AUGGAAUACUUCGCCGCAAACCCCAAACCCGGCGACCUCGACCGCCACAGCACCUUGGCCCGAACCUUCAUCGAGCAACAUGUCGAGAACAAGCGCAGGGUGGCGUUGGUAACUUCGGGAGGAACCACUGUGCCUCUGGAGAAUCAGACUGUCCGCUUCAUCGACAAUUUCUCUGCCGGCACCCGUGGUGCCACGAGCGCUGAAUACUUCCUCGAGAAUGGCUACGCGGUCAUUUUCCUCCACAGACAAUUCUCGCUACUUCCAUACUCGCGACAUUACAGCCACAGCACGAACUGCUUCUUGGACUACAUGACUGGAACGGAGGACGGUCCCGUGGUGGUGCAGAACGACUACCAGCAGCAGAUGGCCAACGUCCUCCGCCGCUACCGCAAAGCCAAAAAGGAGAACACCCUCUUACUGCUUCCCUUCGUGACGGUCAACGAGUACUUGUGGAAUCUGCGCGAAUUGGCAAUGCUGAUGCACCCGCUUGGAGCCAAUGCCCUCUUCUACCUAGCAGCUGCGGUGUCAGACUUCUUCGUCCCGGCAGAACGAAUGGUGGAACACAAGAUCCAGUCAGGAGAGGAGUUUGCUCAACCAAACGGCGAUGUGCCAACCGAGGAGGAACAGCGAGGUCGGAAGCCUGCGGCGCACAUGGACGGCAAAUCGUUGGUCAUUGACUUGGACCCUGUUCCUAAGUUCUUGAAGCUGCUGGUCGACGGCUGGGCACCCCAAGCAAUGAUCAUCUCCUUCAAGCUGGAGACAGACCCAAGCCUGUUGGCUAGCAAAGCCAAAGGCGCUCUCAAGAAAUACGCACACCACCUGGUCAUCGGCAAUCUACUCAACACUCGCAAGUGGGAAGUCGUCUUCGUGACUGCAGAUGGCGGCGAGAAAUGGAUCCGCGUACCGGCCAACAGGAGAGCCAAAAGUGUGACCGGCCGAACAGACGAUGGCAGGUCUGGCACCAAAGACAGAACAGAGCCGGCUAUGGAGAUUGAGAGCUUGAUUGUGCCGGAAGUAGCAAGCCUGCAUUCACACAUGAUUGAGCACGGAGACCCAAGAUACCUGAAUGGAUCGAAGGCAUGA